UAGUACAAGAUGGCAGCGCCCAUGAACAAAGAUGAAUCUGGAGAUCUGCGUUUGCGUGAUGAUAUUCAAGAAAAUGAAACAACUUUGGCGCAGACUCGAGUGUGUAACUUGUGCGUGAAAGUCCAGGCAUCAUACACCUGCCCAAGAUGCAACAUUUCCUAUUGCUCCCUCGCCUGUUACAAGAGCGAGAAACAUUCCGAUUGCUCCGAGUCGUUCUACAAAAACAACUUCAUCCAGGCGCUGAAAGAAACCAAAGGAAGCUCUGAUGACAAAAAGGCUGUGCUGGAGAUGCUUUCCAGGCUUGACGCAGAAGAAAUUGGUAAUGACAGCGAUGAUGAUGAUGAUGUAGAUGAAAGUGAAGGGACUGAAAGUCUGGAGAAAAGACUAGCUGGUCUCGAUCUUGACAAUGAGCCUGAUAAAGUGUGGGAGAAGUUGACGAAGCAAGAGAGGCAAGAGUUUGAAGAGGUCGUGCGUGCGGGAGCUUUGGGAUCUAUGCUGGAACAAUGGACCCCCUGGUGGACCAAGCAUGACCGGGAACUCAUCAGUGAGGUAGAGGAGGAAACACACAAGAAGAAAGGGUCAAAGGUCACCACCUCUGACCCUCCCAUGCUGCUAGACUCUGUCCCCAGGCUUUCUGAGCUGCUCAAGACACCACCAUCGCCUCUCAUGGUCUUCAAUAUGAUCAAUGUGCUAUAUUGCUAUGCUUUUGUUGUGAGAUUUUACAAUGGAUCACAUAUGGACAUACCGCUACAUGCAUGCCAGUGCUUUCUAGAAGUGUGUCCUGGAAUGUCGGCUAAUGUCAGUUUUUCAUCGACAGAGGAUGCUAUUGAAAGUGCAAUACAGACCAUUACUCAGCUGAAAUCUGUCUCAAGCGAAAGGAAGCAUUUGGUUUCUCUCAUCCAGGAUGUCAUUCAUAUCAUGCUUGGUAGAAGCAAAUCGUCUCCAUCUUUCUAUGUAGAAUCUGCAUUAUCAGACCUUCAUCAGCUUCUCAAACAAGCAAAACUGAUAUACAAAGUGCCAGAAACAAGUCGCUCUGAUAUCAAGAAAUCCAAAUCAGCGAUGUUCCUAGCCAAGAAGAAGGUGACCUUUUAUCUAGCUUGGGUGAGGGAGAACAGAGGAGUCAUGAAAUUGAAGGCUGCUGAAGUCAAAGUGCUACAUAAAACCAUGGAGAGGGAUGUACAGAAACACGAGUUGGUGAAGGCUGGAGUAGAGAAAAAUAUUGCGGCAGUGCAACCUAGAAAAACCAGCAAGCUUAUUGAAGAAAUCAGCUGACCUCUCCAUUAAACAGUUGGCCACGAUGAUGAAGGAAGAACUUUCAUUUAAUUACCCAUGUAAUGUUUGGAGCUUAAACAUGCAAAGACUGGGCCAUUUUUAUGCGUAACAAGACUGAGGGGGUGCUGAUUCAGCCCCCCCCCCCUUCCCUCGGAACAUAGCCAUUGACUGAGCGAUUGUGACAAAAACUGGCACGCAUGUUACCCAAGGCAUUAUCUACAAAACUGGUUAAGUCAAAUUCACCACAAAAUCUCUUUAUGUAAACUUAGACAUGAAAUCAUAGGUUUGCUCUUUAUGUAUUAGUAAAUAAAGCUCUGGAAAUGUCAUUUGUUUACCAACUCUUUGUAAGAUUCUAAUGAAAUUUUCCUGUACUUUAGGAAAGAUGUGUAUCAAUUUUUGCUAUACAUCUUUGGGGGUGAAACAGACCGCUGCCCCAGUAUUUUUAGGGGUAACUUAUCUUUCAUUGCUAUGAAAUAGUAUCGAGAUCAGAAUUUAUAACUGGACCUACAGUAAAUUUGCCAAUGUUGUUCUUCCGUCGUCCACCUGCCACAUGUUGAAUAUUCAGCCAAUUUAAGGUCAUUUUUAAGCAAAUUAUGCUAAAAGUGUUUUACAUACCUCUUUCCUGUCAAUCGGAUAGAUUUCUUUUAUCCCAAAGGUUUGACUCCAGCAAACUUGCAUUUUUAUCUUUGGGUUUAGAGCAGAAAUCUGAUUUCGUGUAUAAAUUAGCAUAAUCAAUGAAAUCACACAUUUUUUUGAAAAAAUCAGUUAUGCAUACCAGCUGUAAUUUUGUUGAUUAUGCCACAGGGUCUGCCUAUUUUCAGCGCAAUCGGGUCGGAAACAGACAAGUUCCUGAGUUGUAGGUGAUUUACUGUCUCAAACAGAAUAUUUUUACAUUAAAAAAGAAAUUGUUACAACAAAA